AUGUCAUCUACUUUAAUACGGAGCAUGAGCCCUGUUCUGGCGAGUAGUUCCACGUCUGUCAUCCUGAGUACGCACCUGGCCAAGCUCAGCCGGGCGUUCCAUGUGGAUGCUGCUGCGGCUAAGGGGCUUCCUAGUGUGAAUAUCACAUUUGUCGAUCCCGAUGGGAGUAAGAAGGUCGCGAAGGCUCCCAUCGGGUGGUCGUUGUUGGAUGUGGCCCAUUUGAAUGACGUUGAGCUUGAAGGCGCUUGCGAGGGGCAAAUGGCAUGUUCUACUUGCCACUGUAUCCUAUCGCAAGAUCUUUUCGAUAGCCUCCCUGAACCCACUGAUGAGGAGGAGGAUUUGCUCGAUCUCGCACCGGGCUUGGAGGACACUAGUCGUCUGGGAUGCCAGGCUUUGAAAAGCACUUGUGCUCUCCCUGGUGAUGCUGUCGAUGGUAUGGUUGAAUGUUUCAUUGUUAUGCGAAUAACGGUUGCUCAGCCGGGAAAAAUCCAAUUGUGGCAUCCGUUUUUCGGGUAG